AACUUCUGAACACAUCAGACGUCUCCCGAAUUUUAUUCUGUGUUAGUUAGAUUCUCCCGUCCGGGUCCGUCUAGUUGGUUCAUUUCCUAGAUUAUCGUACCACAGUUUUUACUAUCGUUCACUAAUGUUUUGCUAAUUUAAGUCAGCUAAUUGUAAGUUAAAAGUAGAGUCAGUGCCCUGCGUUCCGUUGCGUUCAGAUAAAAUGGCGUACAACUUUACUUCGAGAUCCACCUGCAAUGCUGACUUCUUGGGGCCGAGCUUGGCAGAUAUUUGUAGCGGAUCUUCCUUCGUUUUGUUCAUGUCACUUCUAAACACAUUCGUACGCGAUAAAAAUAAAAUAUCUGGGAUAUGCGAGCGCAUAAAGCCGAUCGAACGACCCGAUCCUGAGUACGACUUCGUCGUAAUUGGUGGUGGUGCUGCCGGUUCCGUAGUGGCUUCAAGACUUAGUGAAAUUUCAAAGUGGAAAGUUUUACUAAUCGAGGCUGGUCCUGACGAGCCUACAGCUGCGGAAAUCCCUAGUUUCUUCAUUGACGAUCUCAUCAGCUGGGGCUACCAGACGACGAACGAGAGCCACGCCUGUCUUUCCACGAAUGGUUCGUGCUCUUAUUCAUCCGUGAAAACUCUUGGCGGAAACACGGUGCACAACGCUAUGGUGUAUCUGCGAGGAAACCCUACGGACUACAACAACUGGGCUGCUCUUGGCAACGAGGGUUGGUCAUGGAGCGAAGUUAAACCAUUCUUUCUGAAAGCAGAGAACAACAGUGAAAUACACAGAGUGGGAAGAUUUUGGCACGCCACGGGAGGACCGCUCACGGUUGGAAGGUUUCCGUAUCAACCUCCCAUCACAUAUUCGAUCCUCGCUGCCGCUAAAGAAGCAGGCUUUGGCGUCAGUCACGAUUUGAAUGGGGAUGACCUCACUGGUUUCAGUAUAGUCCAAACCACGAACAAACACGGAGUCAGACGCAGCAGUGCCAGGGCUUAUCUAUGGCCGGCCAGACACCGUAAGAACCUCCACGUGUCCUUGAACUCCACCUGCACCAGAAUCAUAAUUGAAAAUGGAGCAGCAGUCGGCGUCGAAUACUACCAGAAUGGCGAGUUCAAGACGGUUCAUACAUCGCGGGAAGUGAUUCUCUCCGCCGGCAGUAUCAAAUCACCGCAUGUUUUGCUUCUCUCCGGUGUUGGACCUCAAAAUCACCUCAAGUCCAUGGGGGUCGAAGUGGUAAAGAAUCUGCCUGGCGUUGGAGAGAAUUAUCACGACCACUUAUAUUACCACGUCAACUUCACCGUCAACGAAGCUGAUAUCUAUGACAAUAACUGGGCUGCGGCCAGUGAGUAUCUCGCUUUUCAGACUGGUCCUUUGUCCGCUACUGGACUGAAUCAGGUACUGGGUGUGAUUUCGUCUCCCGCGACGAUGCCUGACUAUCCUGAUACCCAGAUCCAAUGCGGAGGAUAUCUCCCGACCUGCGCACCAGGAGAGAUUGGCGCUCUUCAGAGCACCGGACGACGCACCGUGACGUUUUGGGCAGGAUGGGAACAUCCCAAGAGCAGAGGUAGAAUCGGUUUGGCGUCAAAGAACCCUUUUCAAUAUCCAGUCAUCUGGGGAAACUUUCUGGACAAUUCUGACGAUGUCGCCGGCCUAGUUCGAGGCAUAAAUUUCAUACUAGCCUUGGCCGAGACGAAGGCAUUGAAAGCCCACAACUUAACUCUGUCCAAUACGCCUUUAGAGGCGUGCUCCGAUCAUCUGUUUCCCAGCGAUGAGUAUUGGGACUGUGCCGUUCAUCAGAAUAUGAUCCCCCAAUCUCACAACGUCGGUUCUUGCAAAAUGGGUCCUCCCUCCGAUCCCAUGGCAGUUGUCGAUCCCCAGUUACGAGUCUACGGAAUAAAGGGACUUCGCAUUGCUGAUGCUUCUAUAAUGCCUCAGGUGAUAUCUGCUAACACUGGAGCUGCGACCAUGAUGAUUGGGGAGCGAGCAGCCCACUUUAUAAAGACAUAUUGGGGCGGACAUUAAGGGAUUUUUUAAUGGGGAUGGAGAAGAGAAGAAAAUUAACGUCUCGUCUUUUUCAUGGGGUCUUGAAAUGUGUAUGAAACAUACCACAGCAGGGUUUCGCUGAUCAUCGCUGCCUGGGAGUCAUUAGCUAUAUUUCAGGUGAAGGGGUGAUUAAUGGAGUAAAUUGUGAGACGCGACAUCGUGUUUUGAUCGCUUCCAAAAAUGUUAACGCUCCAAGUGGUCUAGCAAUAUAUGUAUAAUAUUGUUCAACUUACUAGUGCACAUUCGACCUAAUAGACAACACACAAUCGUUUCAUUUUUUA